CAAAAAACUCUGCUUCCACUUCCAUUCCAGUGGAUAGCGCCAGCAAAGGUGCAAGAAGAGAACCACCAUUCUUCAACCUCUGCAGCUUUCACAAAAAUGGCGGCAGCUGCAAUUACUUGCUUCUCUAUCUCUUCUAAAUUCAGAAAUCUUUCUCUCAAUGCUUCUUCCUCCUCUUUCCCCGCUUCCUCUUCCUCUUCAACCCUCAAAUCUCUCACUUUCUCCUCCAAUCUUUCAUUCUGUGCCUUUUCCAAUGGGUGUCUGUCGAUGAGUGAAGCUCAGAGGCCACUUCGAUACUCUGUUGUGUGCGAGGCGGCUCCUAAGAAAAAGGUUGAUUCUGCUGCAAAGAGGGCUCGCCAGGCUGAGAAAAGGCGUAUUUACAACAAAGCCCGGAAGUCUGAAAUCAAAACCAGGAUGAAGAAGGUUUUGGAAGCUCUAGAUGAUCUCAAGAAGAAACCUGAAGCACAGUCAGAGGAAGUCCUUUCAAUUGAGAAGCUCAUUGCAGAGGCAUACUCAGUGAUCGACAAAGCCGUGAAAGUGGGAACAUUGCACAGAAACACUGCUGCACGUCGGAAAUCUCGACUUGCCAGAAGAAAGAAAGCCGUAGAAAUCCACCAUGGCUGGUACGCCCCUGCUUCACCUGCAGCUGCCUGAUGUCGACGGGGUUGAGGAAUGAAUGGGAAGAUCAUUCUAUUCUUUUUUGACGUAGAUAAUGGCAACUUUUUUCAUUUUUCCAUCAUCUGUUUCUUUUAUUUUUGUAUUUAGUUCGGACCUUUUAUAAUUGAAGUUUUAAUUCUAUUGCAUUUGCUCUUUGAAAUGACAUA